AUGGAACAGCAACACGCGUUAUGCGUUGGAAGCGGAGAUGUAACAACAGACAUCUUUUCGGGGGAGAUUCCUGACAUUACUCCAGAUCUCGACAAUCAAGCCGAGUCUGCAAUCGCAAAGCUAAUGUCAGCCUUGUCAUCAGAAGCGAGAGAGAAAGCCUACAAGGAUAUGCACGGGGUGCCUGAUGUUGCGAUGGAGUCACCCGAACUCCUUCAGAAGGGACUCGGCCAAUUGCAGUUCGAGAUUGAUAACAUCAUCGACAAACCUGCUUAUAAUCAAGCUUUGAAACAGGAUCCCAACUAUGUGUGCGAUGAGGAAUUUCGCACUCUCUUCUUACGAACUGAUGAGAUGAAUCCAGGAUUGGCAGCUCUCAGAAUAGUCCGCCACUUCCAGUUGAAACUGGAUCUUUUUGGAAGCGAAUGCCUGACAAAGACCAUCACGCAAGAUGAUCUGGACAGAGACGAUAUGGAAGCAUUGUACGCAGGUCGAGGAAGAGUUCUUCCGUCAAAAGAUCGCGCAGGAAGAACCCUGAACUUGUUUAUAGUGGGGCAACCUUCUUCAACGCAAGCAAUGCUUCGACGUUCCUUCUACAACAUUAUGAGCAACCCCCAAGCUACCCAAGGGGGCAUUGUGACUAUUAUCUAUGGGGUGGGAUGUCAGUCAGUUCCAAAUCGAGCGUUUAGUUGGAAGUUCCCCAAAAUUGCGGAAGGACUUCCGGUGCGAAUUUCGGCUGUUCACAUGUGCCAGAGCAAGUCUCUGUAUAGCAUGGCUUUUGCUUUCGUCAUGAUGGCAUUCGAUGCUUUUACUCGGAUACGAAUCAAAACGCAUAGUGGAACACAUGACGAGGUCAUGGCAAGUCUCCGGGGAUAUGGCAUAGAACUGGAAAGAUUACCUCUCAACCGAGAUGGUAAAAUUAGUGACUUGGAAGAGUACCGACAGGGCUUGCUAUUACAACGUGCCAGGGAGCGUCUUCAGCAUCCGAGAAGAAAUAGAAUCCAUGUCCCAUGCAUGUUUGAUGUCCUUUUUGGGAAAGGAACUCCGUUCCAAAACCACGUGGGUAACAAAAGGUUCCGUUUGAUGGUAACGGAGCAACAGCAGAGGUAUACAAAGUCCGAACGUGGAGAAAAGUUGCAAGUGGCACAGGACAUUGUGGACAAUGUCAUUGAGAACUCUGGGGUGUUCUUGAAACCAGAUGGGGAGUCGUGGAUAGCUGUGGAAAAUGAUGCGGCUCGAGCCAAAGUCAGUGCCACCUUUCGAACCAUGCGAAGGACCAAUAAGCGUCUACAAUCAUCGUGCAAGAACUUGCCUAGUAUUAAUAACCGUUUGUCAUUGAAAAAAUCAGGAGACAACAAUGAAGGGUACAAUAUGAAAGACGCAUUCUAUUAA